AUCCUCAUCAACUCACUGUGUUCUUCAUCCACGGCUCCUCAUUCUCCGCCCACCCCUUAGCUGCACAAAGCAACCCAUUCCACCGAAACUCCCUCGGCCAUCCCAGUGUCUCCGAUAGAACCACUCCUCUACCUUCCUACCCCACGCCUCCUGAAUCCUUCGCCCUCGCCCUCGCCCUCGCCCUUACUCCCUUCCAAAGGACCCUUUUCAACUUCAGCAUCAUCCCGUCCAUCAAAAAACAAAACAAAAAUGAAGUUCGCAGCUGCUCUUCUUUUGGUCAUCUCCUAUAUCACCAUAGUGUCUGCCCAUAUGGGAAUGCUCUAUCCUACUCCUCGUGGAGGCUAUGGCACCAAGCAAUUUAACGGUCGCAUUCAUACCUUUAUUGGCUUCAAGGAUAACAAACACUCUAUGCGAUUCCCCUGCGGUGGGUAUGCCCCUGGUCCAGUCACCGAAAUGAGAGCUGGUCAGAUCGUAAAUGUGCGCUUCUAUGCCUCUGAUAUGGACGCCAAAGAGCUUAGUAAGCAGCCCGCUCGUCCUUCCAACCCCCGUCGUCAGUUCGCUCAAGCCCGUCAUGGUGGCGGAAUGUGUGAAUUCUCUCUUUCGUACGAUAAUGGAAAGACUUUCCAUUUGAUUGGGCGCUACACUAGGACCUGCCCCGAUGCUUAUUACCAAUGGCCUGUUAAGAUUCCUAGCAAUGUUCCUUCCUGCACCAAGCAGAACCAAUGUUUGUUUGUCUGGUCAUGGACCGCCAAUAUCUUGCCACAAUAUUACAUGAACUGCGCCGACAUUCGCCUCCGUGGCGCCACCAAGAAUGCUCGCCUUCCAAGCAAAUCCAUCCAGAUCGUUGACUUUAAGGGCUACAAACGUGGUGUCACUGAGCCUGGCGAUGGCAUCAAGCACAAGUCAAGCACUGGUCCUACCAGAAAAGAGAUCAAUGACAAUAUGAAUGGCAGAUAUUAGAUUAUAAAAUAAUAGAGAUAAUAGGGUAGAGCUGGUCUUUGCACUUUUCAUUUUUGUUACGAUCCCUCCACAUUUUCUACCAUAUCCUUCGCUAUUACUUAAUUCAGGUAAUAUGUGUUUGCGCAUGGAUGAAAUAAAUAUAAUAAAGAAAUGUAUAGUAGCCACCAAAUCUUAUUUGAAUCCAUGUAGGUUACUCGGCACUUAUUUAUUCUUUCUUUCCUCCCUCUAAUAAAGUUUGAUGCC